AUGAACAAGUUAAUUGUCUUAGCUGCUCUUCUCUCAGUCAAUCUUGCUAGCAAGAAUGACUUCCCAUCUUUCGAUGCUCUCCACGCUAACUGCGCCUUGAAAGUUACUUACAAGGGUCAAACUUGCGACACUGUUCUCCCUAAAAUUGAAAGUGUCAUCAAGUCAUUCACCCCAGAGCCAGAGUCAAAGGGGUUGUACGCCAUUAAGGAAGAUGGAAGCGAUUAUGUAUGGUCAACCAGAACUACUCCAACUCAUCACUACGUUGAUGACAUCAUCUUCGAGACUGAUGCAUCAAAUGGAGACUGCGUUGUUGAGUCAAAGAGCAGAUCAGAGUCUCUCUCAUACUAUGACUACGAGACUAACUACUGUAAUAUGUGGGCAGUCCACAACGUAGUUGGAGGAUUCACUGACGUCACCCCAAGCGACUGCAAGUUUAUCCCAACUGAUCCAGUCACUAGAUGCGCUGUCUAUUGA